GAGCGAGAGAAGCUGAAGGAGGAGAAGAAGAAGUACGCUGAGCGACUGAAGCUGUGGAACAAACCCAGAGAGGACAUGGAGUGUGAGGACCUGAAGGAUCUGCCCAGUCCGGUUCCAGUGAGAACCCGUCUCCCAGCGGAGCUCUUUGGAGAGGCUCUGAUGGUUCUGGAGUUCCUGCGGAGCUUCGGGGAGGUCUUCGGCCUGAAGGACGAGUUCCCCGACGGAGUCUCUCUGGGUGAGAACACCUUCACAGCUGGAACCCUCUGGUUCCUUACAGGGUUUUGCUCCCAGCCGGUACUACUGAGAGGUUCAUGUGGUUCUAAACAGGAUUUUUUAGGAUCCGAGGACACUGGGGGCUUCGCCCCCCCCCCCAAAAAAAAC